GCCCUUAUAGGCAGACACACACUCUCCACUCACAUUCUUCAAAAGAAGUGAAGGCAAGAUGAAGAGCUCUUUGUUGCCGUGGGUGGCCUUGGCCGUCUCCUUGGAGUUCGUCCUUGUGGCAGGUACUGUGCAGGACUAUGACGGUGAGGAGCGUGUGUUGGUGAACAACAAGUGUAAAUGCACAACAGUGACCUCAAAGCUCGUCCCCUCCAAAGAAAAUCCUGACGAAGAAAUCCUGGAAAGAAACAUACGCAUCACGGUCCCACUCAGGAGCCGACAGAACAUCUCUGACCCCACAUCCCCGCUCAGAACUACUUUUGUCUACCGCAUGGCUGAACUCUGCAAAAAAUGUGAUCCUGUAGAAGUUGAGUUGGGUGGUGAGAUAUACGAGGCCCAGCAGAGCACCUCCUGCAAUGAGCCAGAAACCUGCUAUACCUACAACAGGGACAAGUGCUACACCACAACCUUCCCAUUCAUCUACCAUGGGGAGAUCAAGCAUGUUCAAGCAGCUCUGACGCCAGCAUCCUGCUAUGCUGAUUAGCU